AUGAACAGAAAUUAGGAAGAUAAUGAAUAAGAAAAUAAUGAAGUUAAUAAGGGGGAUAGGAGUAAUAUUGACCUCUGGUCUCAUGCUGAAGAAUCGGAGUUGAAACAAGGAUUUGCUAAAAAUUUAGAGAAAACUUUAGUCGUAAUUGGUGAUAAAGGAAGUGGCAAAACUACAUUUGUUAAUAUUUUGAAAAAUAUGCAGUAAGUAGAUGAUAGGUACAUUCCCACUGUAGGUUUAGAUUAUUAGUAUGUUAGAAGGACAAAUGCAAAUCGUAAAGAAUUAAUUCAUAGCUAUGAAUUAGGAGGUGGUAAAGAAUAGAGUAAAAUGAUCACUAUUCCAAUUUCAAAAUAAAAUUUUAGAGAUGCAUUUUAUAUAUUGGUUCUUGAUUUGUCAAAGCCUCAUUAAAUUAUUGAAUCAGCUACUUUUUGGUUCGAAGAAAUACGCAGAUAAAUUGAUUAGUUUAAUUUGACAGCAUUCACUACACCUGAAGAAAAUGAUUAAAGAUCUAAUUUUGAAUUUGCCCAAUAAGCAAGAUUUGAAUCACACCCUGAUAAAAAUAGAGUAAAAAUUCUCCCAAUUCAGACCAUAGUAAUAGGAAUGAAAUAUGAUUUGUUUGAGAAAACUGAUUCAGAAAAUCGUAAAUGGCUCACUCGUACUCUUAGAUAUUUAGCCCAUGUAAAUGGGGCUUCUCUUUAUUUUGCUUCUAGUAAAAACAAUGAUUUAUUUUAGAAUGUGAGAUCUAUUAUGAAUAAUGCAUUGUUUGGAAAAACUUUAGCUUAAUACUAUCAAUCUGAGCAUUUAAGACCUAUUGAAAUUAGUUUAUCAAAAGAUGAACUUGCUAAAAUGGGACUUCCUUAAAUAUCAGGAAACAUGACCUACUUAGAGGCAUUUAAGAAGGUUAUACAAGAAACUUUCCCUGAGAAUAAAGGUGCUUAAAACGAUGCUUCAUAAGAUCCACUCAGACUUAUGGAAAAAUUUCCUGAGGCAAGAAUAGAUUCCAUCAGAGCAGAAAAGGAUAAAGAGAUGAAAGCUAUUUCUAAAGAAUUUAUGUCUUAUUUUGAUAACACUUCUCCUGUAAAGCUGACUAAAAAAUAGCUUUAAUAAGAAUACGAAGAAUUGUUUGAAACUUCAUAAAGUUAUUAGCCCGACAGCUAAAAUGAAAUCUAAUACUAAGACAAUACUAACUACAAAUAAGAUUAAAAAUACACUGAUAAUACAAAUCAAACCAGAAUUAAACCAAAUAAUUAAACAUCUACAUAUUAAGGUAGCGCUCCUCAGCCAAUUGGUGGUAGUAUAGAUCCUUAAAGAGUAAAUCCUUAUACUAAAAAUACAGUACGUUCUAAUUUAAAAUAAACUAACUAAACUAGUAAUCAAGGAGGAACUGGAAGAUUAUCAGGAAUGGGAGGACUUCCAAAUAUAAUCUGA